UUGAAACACCACUAAAAGCUGUAGACAUCUGUUUCAAGAGUUUCUUUGCUCUCAAUUUGAGUUAUCCUACAGAGUGUGAUCAUGUUUGGGAAUUUGUCCAAAAGUUCUUUUAUGACAUAAACACCAACCAUGACAAGCAGUAUCAAUCUGUCGAUAACACAAUAAAUGAUUUUAAAUCAUUUGAAACUUUAAACUCAUUUAAAAAGCAUGUUAACAAAGUCCAUCAACCAGGCAUUCCUCCUCAUAGUAUAAAUUCACAUACACAUAUACCUCUUUUUAAUUCAAUUGUUCAGCCUAUUUCAUUAAAUAGUGAGGUAUUUGAAUCCAAUAAUGUAGGUUCCUUGCAUGAAGCAUCGACUACAGGUACAGAUGCUGAAAAUAUUGACUUUGAAUCUCUUGUUUAUAAAAAUGCAAUCAAUUUAUUAUCUAAAUGCAUGAUGUUAGCUCAUAAUCAAGAACUAUUAAAUGAUAAUAGUGGUAUAAUUCAUAGCUUCAUUCAAAAAAUAAAUGAUUUAGAAUCUUCUGGUGUUGAAGUAACUGUCGAUAAUAAAUUAUUCAAAGUCUAUUUCAACUUGGCAUUAGUUGUAGGUGACAAUCUUGGACUACAUAGUAUUUUAGGAUUUUCUGAAAGUUUUAUUUCCAAUUACCCAUGCAGAUUCUGCCGUAGUUCUAAAGAAGAAUGCCAUAAAAUGUUAUUUAAAAUUAAUGACAAGUUACGUACAAUUGAUAACUAUGCUACUGAUGUUGAUGUAGAAAAUGUUUCAUUAACAGGCAUAAAAGAACUAUGUAUUUGGAAUAGUAUUGAAUCAUUUCAUGUUGUAAAUAAUUUAUCCGUAGACUUAAUGCAUGAUUUACUCGAAGGGGUAUGCAAUUAUGAUAUGUCGGGAAUAUUGAGAAGUUUUAUUUUAGAUUCUAAAUAUUUUAGUGUGGAAACUUUAAAUAGUAAGAUUCAGUUAUUUGAUUAUGGUCCAAUUGAAAUAAGGAACAGACCGCCUCUAAUAUCUGAACAAGCACUAAAAAGUACCAAGUCUAUGGCAUGUAAAAUGUCAGCUGCAGAAAUGUGGUGCUUUAUUCGUUAUUUUGGUUUAAUUGUAGGUGAUAUGGUUCCAAUAGGAUCAGAAUUUUUUCAUUUAUAUAUUCUAUUAAAACAAAUAGUUGAUUUAUCAACAUCUAAAUGUAUUGGGACAGGGUGCCCUUCACUUUUAAGAGAACUAAUAACUGAACAUAAUUCCUUAUACAUUAGACUGAUGCAUACUCAUUUGAAACCUAAAUUUCACUAUCUAACACAUUACCCAUAUAUAAUGGAAAAUGUAGGCCCUUUAAUAAAUAUAUGGUCAAUGAGAUUUGAAGCGAAACACCGAGAAUUUAAAAUAGCAGCGCAAGCCAUUUCCAGUAGAAAAAAUAUUUGUUACACGUUGACUCUAAAAAAACAAUUAAAAGUUGCUCAUCAGUUUUCUCAAAAUGUCAAUAAUCGUUAUUCUUCAAAAUGGUUCAGUGUGGGGAAAGUGGUACAGUAUCCUGAAGAAUUAAAACAAAAUUUAGUAUUAAGUUUAAAAAAUACAUGUAUCAAUGGUUCACAGUUUGUUUCAUGGAUCGAAAUAAAAGGUACACGUUACACUACCAAAAAUAUGUGUCUUGUACUCGAUUUAUCAAAUUUACCUGUGUUUGGACUUUUAAAAUAUAUUUGUAUCUUACCUAAUCUCAUUCCUAUAGCCAUAUGUGAAAUGUUCAAUACUAUUUGUUUUGAUGAACAUUACCAAUCAUAUGUUGUUGAAAAAUCCACAUCUGUUACUUCUAUUGGAUUCAAAGAAUUAAUAAAUUAUAGCCCAACUUUUUGUUAUGUUCAACAGAAUGGCUCAUGCUACAUACCAUUGAAAUAA